AUGUAUUUGAGGAUUUAUAUGAAUUGGUUGGAUGGAUUCUAUGGGUGCACUGUCACGUUGACCAGUAUGGGUUAUGGAAUGCGUAAGAAAAAACUGUGCCCAUCGAGUUUGAGACAAAGUCAAGAAGUUCUAGAAGUAGAUGGUGAACCACCAGUUAGUCAACAAGCACCUCCAUUUCCACUGAGUAUUGCAUUGCCUCGAUUACAACAGUUUGGUAUUGGUAUCACAAUUUCAAAACAAGAGGGAAAAAGUGGUUUGUUGUUGUCUGGAACGCGCAAGAAAAAACUGUGCCCAUCGAGUUUAAGACAAAGUCAAGAAGUAGAUGGUGAACCACCAGUUAGUCAACAAGCACCUCAAUUUCCACUGAGUAUUGCAGUGAGUAAUAUUAUGCGUACAUCUAUGUUGGUAAGAUGGUUGCACCAAAAAGGAUGGUACAUCAAUAUUGUUUUGGCAAGGAUUGGAGUAAUAUUCUUGGUUGGAUUUGGGGUCGUUGCAAUUCGUUUUAUUGAGGCCAUUGCUGGGUAG